GAAGUUCUUUAGAGCAUUGUUCAAAGGCUCUAGUGUGGAAAAUGCCCAUCACAACUCCCCAAGUCCCGGAAGGGCUGCCGGAGCUGAUGCGUGGUUUGGCGAAAAGUGUCAUCAAGGAAAAUCCGGAAAAUAUCUACGUCCACGCGGCGGAGUAUUUCGAGAAUUUAAUCCACGAAAGGGAUGGUGAGCUGGAUAGGGGGUACACAAAUUUCAGCGCGUACAAAGUGUAUACCGACUACAAGGACAAGUGCCGUGUCAAAGGUGGUGGCAAUGAUGGCGGUAGCCUCAGUGCCGGAAGUGUUGGUGAUAUUCCUAGUUCUGCCGGAGGAAUGGCCUUGCGAAGUGGAACGGCUAGUGCAGGCGAUGGAGAUGAUGACAGCGGAGGCAGUGCUUCGGCUACCCGAGGUCGCCGAAAGAAACGUGUCCGAAGGCAAGGAUCCAAAGAUUCGAAUAAAUCAGUGGAGAAACAAGAAUCUGCUGUUGGAUCGCCAGAAGUGCCUAAUGGUGAAGAUGAGAAGAAAUCGGGUGGAAGUGGAAAAGGUUCUCGACAGGACAGUCUGGAUGCAAUCAAGGAAGACUCUCCGGACUUGAUAGAGCAAGCAAUGGUGAAAGUUCAGGCCCAUCAAGAGUAUCAGACACCGAGAGAAUCGAGAUCGAUCAAUAAAACUGUGAGUGUUGAUUCGAUUGCCGCGGCGAAUGCAGUGUCCAGUGUGCUACAAGAUGCUGUGGUAGAAUCAGACGAAGCUGAUAGGGAAACUGGUGAAGCGAUUGAAACGCAAGUUGAAGCCGAUUUGGCAGUGGAAUCGCAACGCCCAACUAACUGUGAAGAUGUGGACUCGUAUCCGCCCGACGAAGAUGAAGAUGUACUCAAACCUGGGAAUGCUGAGGAGUACGGAAGUACUCCUAGUACGGCUGAAGUUACUGGAGAGGUUGUCGGAGAAGCAGAAGUAUUGGUGGAAGAUGCUCCACAAGCGACAGAAACGAAUCAGUCUGAGGAAAAUAUGGAUGCACCUAUAGAAUCAAAGGAAACUUCUGACGAAGUAGAUUUACCAGUCGACGAUUCACUGGAAAAGAAAGAGGAACCAAUAACUAAUGGAUCGAUCGAAGCGAAAUCCGAGAGUCCGAAGCAAAUUUCUAUUGACCGUCAGGAUUCUGGUGAGGUACAAGCUGAAGGUGUUGAUACGGUCGAUGCGGAUAAACCUACACUCGGAGUUGAAGAAACGGUCCCAGAACUACCUGACGUUCCCAGUGAAGAACCAGGUGCUGAAAUGUCGGUGGAUUCCGAAAAUGCGCAAGCGAAGCCUAUUGUCGAAGAACCUACCGAAGAAGAGCCCAGCAAGAAUGAAACGAAAGAAGAGAUUAUCGAGGAUGCGAACAUAAUUGACUCCCCCAAGGAAUCGUCAGUAAAUAAUGCAGAAGAGCCUCCUGCAGGUUCCGAUGAGAAAGCAGGCGAUGAACCAGCAGAAGAAAAUUCAUCGACUGAAAAACCACAGACCGAAACAUCUACCGAUGAACAGGAGGAGCAGCCUCCAGAAGACGUCUCACCCGAAAAAACUGAUUCUGUUGAUAAAGUUACUGAACAGGACAAGUCGCAAGAAUUGUCAGAAGGAUCUAAAUCGAAUGAAAACGAAGGCGAAAAAGACACCGUUUCCCCAAAUGAUGAGAGUGUCGAGGCUGACGCCAACGUACCAUCAAAUAGUGAAGAUGUUGUUUUGAAGGAAGAAUCGGAAGAUAAGUCCCCUGGUGAUCCAACUGAAAAUGCUACUAGUGGAUCACUUGAAGAGGAACUAAAACCAAAAUCAACCGAAGAACCAGCUACGGAAGAAGUUACACUGGUAGAUGAAAACAAUCAGGAGCAAGAGAACAAGUCGCCUGAAGGAAGCCAAUCAGUAGAAAAUCCAGAUAUUAAUGAAGAGCAAGCUUCCGGACAGGUAGAGGAAACCGAACAGGUAUCCAGUGGUUCAGUGGAUAAACCUCCGGUGAAACCCGAAUCCGUGGAAGAACCACCAUCAUCAUCUCCACCGAAAGACGAAAACGCUGGAUCUAUGGAAGAAAAUCCCAAAUCUGAGGCAACAGGCGGCGAAGCAUCACCAGUAAAAUCCGCCUCCACGGAGGAUCAGCCUGCAGUGGAAGAAAAUCCUGCUGGGUCACCGGAGAAGGUAGGAUCGAUGGAAGAACCACCAUCUGAAGGCAGUGAUUCGAAGGAAGCGGUAGGCUCCGUCGAAGGACCAGCAGAUGACCCAAACUCAAACGGUUCAGCAAAAGCAUCCAAGGAACCAUCGCUGGACAAAACGGAGUCUGACUUAAACGUUGAAAUUUCUGCAACAGAAGGAAACCCUGGUGGUUCCCCGGAGAAGGUAGGAUCGACAGAAGAACCACAAUCGGAAGCCAGUGGUCCGAUAGGUUCCGUCGAAGAGCCAGCAGAUGAACCAAACUCAAGCGGUUCAGCAAAACCAUCCAAGGAACCAUCGCUGGACAAAACGGAGUCUGAGCUGAACGCAAGUGUAGAUCAGUCGAAUACAGUAUCGAAAGAAUCUUCAGCCAAGGAGUCGGAAGGUGAUACCUCGGCCGAGGCAGCGAGUGGUCAAGAGCGCGAUGGUUCCGUCGAUGCCGGUGAGAUGUCCCUUAGUAGCCGAAUGGGAGAUGAUGAAGAAGACGCUGAACCGGAACAUCCUGCCUCGAUGGAGAAGGACGAUGAGGCAGUUGCAGAACCGAAGAAUAACGGAAAUGAUCAAGCGGACAAUGAAGCGGUUGAACCUUCAGCUCCUCCCUCCGAGGAAACUACUGAGAAUGAUGUCGAUGCCAAGCCAAGCUCUGAAGCAGUGGGUGCUGAAGAAAAUGCAGAAAAAUCGGAAGGAGGUGUAGAACCGAUCAACUCAGAAGGUGACACAAAAAAUACCACGGAACAGAAUUCUGUAGAAGUCGACGAGUCCAAGGAAGAGGUAGUAGAAGAACCAUGCAUCCAAAAGCAAGUGUCUCCAUCUACUUCGAUGCUCCCAAUCAAACAACCAAGCGUCGAAUUGGAAGAGAUCAAGAAGGUUGAUCUGGCAUCGUUCAACAAAGAUUCAGCGGAAGCAUUGUUUUACUCGUUGAAGAAAACGGAGCUGGAGAACCAGCAGCAUCCAAGCGAUGCUAAGGCUCAAGACGAUCCAGGCAAAAAUGACGAUGACGACGAUGCGGAUGUAGUGGUGAAGGAUGAACCUCCUCCUCCGGUAAGUCGGCAACCGACCAAGCGUAGCUUUACCGAUGAUUUUUUAGAGAACAGCCCCAUCACUGAAGAAGCAGCCGAGCAAGCUGAAGGUGAUGGGGUUGCCAACGAAGAUAAUGGCAAAGACGAUGGGAACGAGGUGUUCAACCCGAUGAUGGCUGCUAGAGCUCGGAAUACACAACUACUGAACCAGUUGCAUUCCAGGGAUGACAUAGCCACGCUUGAAAGUUCUCCACGCAAAACUCUUAUUCGCAGGUGCAUGACCGAACGCGUGGACCUUGCUAGGCAGGAUACGAACUACGUAGAUUUGCGGAAAUAUGACCCGGAUUACGUUGAGGAAGAGGAUCAGUUCGAUGGGUAUUACAUCGGUAGCAUCAAGAACAAAAUUUUAGCAAGUUCGGUAUCUGUCGCAGAUUCAGAUUAUUAUGACCCAGAACAGGUGGAGAACACCAUAGAUGAUAACAACGUACAAACGGCACUGGAAACGAUUGCAUCGACGGAUACGGAGUCUACGCUACCUUCGCAGACAACAAUUCAAGCAAACAAAGGAUUCCUGAAACGAAGUUCGCAGAAUACCUCUUCUAAUAUACCGUACGCUUCGUUCGGGAACAACGCAAUUAAUCAAUCACUGGAUGAGUUUAUCGAACGCGAAGAGCUACUGAAGGAAGCUGAAGCACAAGCUGCCUCGACAAUUCAACGUUCCUAUCGGAGAUUUCGAACCAACAAGAGGAAAUUUCUAAGGGACUACCACAGCACAAUGCAAACAUGCACGGAGGAUCAAUCUACGGAGAGCCUGGAAGAUUACCCCAACAGUGUAAUCCAGAUCAAGCUGGAUCACAAGCGACCAAAGGAAAGUGAUAAUUCAUUCGAAGAUGCGCGUAUGGAGAAUCAUCGCCGACCAAUGUACAGUUUGAACAUUGACGAAUACGAUACGGCAACUCGACGGAUGACGUUAACUCGAGGAGUGGCGAUGCAACGAAAUUCAACGCCGGAAGAAGAUUCCGGCAAAUCGGACAACGUGUCAGGUGAGAAGAAAUCAUCUACGAGCGAACCAGCUACGAACUUGGCCCUCGCCGAAGAGAGUCCGAUAUCGUCGAGUGAUCUGUCGGAGGACAAGAAGAGCAGCACCUCCGGGGACGAAAAAGAGAACAAAGACAACAGUUCGUCCAAAUCAAGUGAAGCAGUGAAGGAACCCUCCGAUGGGAUGAAGGCUACCUCUACUGCAUUGAGCAACAGUGGAAGACAGUAUGCCUCACUGGACGUACAGAAACUAUUCAUCGCCCGUCAGCGCACGAUGCCGGUUCAGAUCGAAACGUCGGUGAUUCGGGCACAACCGAAGCACAUGCGGAAGCGAAUCAAGAGUGCCGGCAUGAUUAGAAAGUAGGGGCUGCGCGACGGCUUGCGGUGGGUAGU